GCGCACAGCGAGACCAGUCCCUCAAGCAGUGGCAGGUUCCGGCAGCCUACAAGCAGUUCAAGCCUGAGCUUACGUCGAUUGGGCGACAUCUGACCUUCAAACAAAGCAAGUCGUCGCAGGAGCAAGGCGCUCCGCCCAAUACCGCUGCACCGACACCGCAGAAGCAGCUGACCCGAUCGGUUGAUUCCUAUGAUCGUUUGGUGUGCAGUGGGAGCACAGGUGACUCGGCGACCUCUACUGCCAAUACUGGCAACGACUGGGUCGGCCGCAUUGUGUUGCAGAACUCCAACAAUCUCUGCUACCUGAAUGCUCUGCGUCGCAUUGGCGCCCUGGGGAUGUCGGCCUCUCGAGGUGUCCUUCUUACUGCCCAGCUGCAGGUGGCUCGCCAUCAGGAGGGCUUCAAGAGCUUCGUUCCGGUUUGGCCGGAUUCGGAGGUGCGACUCCCCUUCCUUGGCAGUGAGCUUGCUGUGGAGUGGCUUCGAUGUAAGGUUAUGGCAGUGGUGGAGCACCAUGGGGAGCAGGUCAGUUCUGGACAUUACCGUGCUGUUCUCAGAGGGCUUUCGGAUUGGUUGCAUAUGGACGAUGGCGUGUCUGCGACGGUGGUCUCUUUUGAUCGUGAUCGUGCUGAGCUUUCAUACUUGUUCUGGGCAGUGAGGGCUCAAGAGUCGGAGGAGGCGCCGGAUGCGAACAUGCUCGAGGGCGAGCAGGAGUGGGACUUCUACACGAAAUACUGGCCCAGUGGGCCGGGCAUUCCGGCGCCUCCCUCCUCGGAGGGCUCCACUGCAGAGCCGUCGGGAGCGAUUGAGGAGCGUGAAGCCAAGGCUGCGAAGCUUCUGGAUUCCAAAGGCGGGCAGGGACGUGGCAGCGGCGAUGGCAAAGGCUUUGCGGGGAACGGUGGGUCCGACCAAGCGGCUCCCAAGGGCCCUCAGGGGGCGCACAAGCGUCAGCAGCGGGACCUUCCAUCGCAGUGGCGCGGCGGAGGUGGCGGUGGAGGUAGCGGGGGUGGAUCGGGCAACGGGAAUGGCGGCCGGGCUUCGUGGGGCUCGAACUGGCGUGGCAACGAUCAUGCCGCGGAUGGCGACGAGUGGUCCCUCCGGAAGGAGGUGCAGGAUCUCAAGUAUGCGGUUUCGCUGAUGCAGCGCUUGAUUCUGCGCCAUGAGGAUGCCUCCAUCUUGGCACGUAUUGAAAGCAGCUUCGUCCUUCACUUCAAGCUCAAUGUGCCGGCGUCUGUGGUGCCGAUGCUGUUUACCUCGGCGGUGGCCUGGCGGAAGAUCAAGGCUGAGGAACCGCAGCGCUUGGAUCGCCCGAUGCGCUGUGCGUUACUGGUUUGUCUGUUUGCAGAGCUCAAGGAGCGCAUGUCCACCGGAGCGGUUGGAGGAGAUGGCCAGGUCGUGGACACCUCGAGCCCUCCUCUCAGCCAGGCGGAGAUCUUGGAGUACGUUGGGCGUCUCAUCACUUUGAUCCCGCGGAAGUUCACCACGGCGCGGUUUCACCCGACGCGGCCGAUGACGCAGGUGAUGACUGGUCAGAACCUUGUUUUCCUGCUCCAGACGGGCCAGCAUGGGGAAUCAUCCGCUGAAAUGCGGGACAUGCUGCGGAAGCUUUGCUAUUGCUCUGUCAUGCAUUUGCUUGCUGCUCAGCUUAAAGAAGACCGGCAUGCACGCUCCGCGCUGGCGAACGCUAUCGCGGACUACCUGAGCAAGUACUCUGGCAACCGCUGA